AUGGGAGCGAACGCAAGUCGAAAUGAGCAGAGACCGAAUGUGAGCAGCAGUAAUGAAUCAAAUUCAAUGAAUGUAAAGUCGAACAAGUCGAAAUGUAUAUCACUCGGAUGGCGUCGCAAAAAGCAGUCCAAGUCUGCAUCUCAUGAAGAAGUUAUUGAGGACCAUUAUCAACCCGCUUCCUCACAGCAACGUCUCGAACCGAAAACGUUGGCGCUGUCACAAACACAACCGACGCUGCUCGGCUCAACGAUGUUGAUCAACUCGUGGAAAGUGCCGUCAACGAGCAACAUCACACCACCGGUCACUCCCAUCUCCAGCGAUUCGAGUUGUUCCGUCGACACGUUUUCCCUUUCUCAGCCUACACAAGAGACUCUUAUGCAGAUAAUUCGGUGCUUUCCGUUUCCGUCAUCACCGAAUGCAUCCACUGAAAAUCUGGCAUCGUCAUCGUCGAAAACGAUCAAAUCGAUUCAACCGAUUAAACUCACGAUUGAGCUGGAAUACGAUCGGAUGAAUAAUGCGUUCGAGUGUAAGCAUGAGACUAAGGUACUUCGUAAAAGGACUGAUAAAAGUAAGAAGAUCGAUUUGGAUGAUGAUAAUUCGGUUAAGCGCAAUGCAUCAAUUGGAAAUGCUAUCGAACCGGUGCAUCGGCGCAGUGCACUCGAGAAACUUGCUCAGGUGUUUAUAAGCAACAGCCGAAUGCUGAAGUCGGCUUGGUAUAUUCCGAAGAAAUCAACGGAACUAUUGGCCAUCGAGAAUUCUUCGAAAACAUCUUGUGCCGCCGAAAUUUUAAUCGUUCUGUUGAUCGCCGAAUGCGCUUUGGUGGUUCGGCGAAAAUCCACCGAAUAUUUUUACAGCUACUCCGCAAUCGACAAUUUGCGAAUUCCGUACUUCUUCAUACGAUGA